AUGUCGAAUGCUUUAGGAUUCUUUUAUGGUGUCUCGGGUCAUAAAAUUAAUUUUCAAAAAUCAUCUAUCAUUGGUGUCGGGGUGUGUCAAGAGGAGAUUGGUCGUCUUGCUUACUUUAUUGGGUGCAAAGCUCAAAAUCUGCCAUUUAAAUAUCUUGGUAUCCCCAUUGGUGGUAGUGCUAAAAGAGUUUCUUUCUGGGAGCCUGUCUUUAAUAAGUUUAAAAAACACUUUUCGGGUUGGAAAGCGAUCCUUUUCUCUAUAGGUGGGACAUUGACACUAAUCAAAUCUGUGCUUGGCUCUUUAGGAAAUUAUUUUCUCUCCAUUUAUCGUAUGCCUAAAUCUGUUGUUAAGACAUUGGAAUCCUUGAGGUGUUCUGUCUUUUGGGGAGGCUCGUUGAACAUAAGGAAAAUUCACUGGAUAAAUUGGAAUACGGCAUUGGCAAGUAAAAAAGUUGGUGGGCUAGGAAUUGGCAGCUUAAAUGUUUUGAAUUUCUCUCUUUUGUAUAAGUGGAGAUGGCGGGGUAUAAAUUACCGAGACAGCUUAUGGGCACAAGUCAUUCUGGAUAUUCAUGGAAAGGAAUGUUUUUAUAAUAUGUCUGCAAAAUCAAAUGGUAAUUGGAAUAAUAUUGUGGCAGCUAAUAAACAUGUUCAUACAAUGGGUAUUAGAUCAGGGAGCGUACAGGAACAACUUCAUAGCAUGGUUGGCCUGUUGCCUAGAGAUCUCGACAAUAGUGACGAUAGAUGGAGAAUUUCGAUGAUUAAUCAUUUUGUAUGGCGUCUUCUUCGCAAUGGCAUCCCCACGAAUGUGAAUCUUUUUGGGAAGGGCGUGGAUAUCUCCACUGUUCGCUGUAAUCUUUGUGAUAGUGGUAUUGAUGAUACUAGUCAUUUAUUUCGACAUUGCCCGUUUACAUGUGAUCCUAGAUCUAAAAUCAACCCGUGGGUGCAUCAUAAUAUUCCUGAUGAGGAUCCUAAGGACAAAUUGAAUUGGUACAAGGGUCUUCAUCUUACUAAUUUCCAACGUCAGGUGCUUGAAGCUAUUAUGCUUAUGUGGUGGUGGCAUAUAUGGAAAGAAAGAAACAAUGGUUUUCACAACGGUCAUCAUACUAGUGUCGACGACACUUUUACUUCUAUUGUUUCUUUAUCCUUUUUGUGGGUUUCUAACCGUGACUGGAGCAUUCUUUUGAUUGGAAUGAAUGGAAAGUGA